AUGUAUUUGGAAACUAGAAGGGCUAUUUUUGUUCUUUGGAUUUUUCUCCAAGUUCAAGGAAUCAAAGAUCUCUCCAUUAAAAUAUACAGUUCUGAAAUUAAAGACACAGACAAUGCCGCAAGAAUUGAAACAACCGAAAAUACCGGAAAAAUUUACAAAGUGUCAACAAUGAGACGAAUAUUCGAUUUGGCAAAGCAUCGAACCAAAAGAUCAGCAUUUUUCCCAACUGGGCUUAAAGUCUGUCCACAGGAACCCAUGAAAGAGAUUUUAGCAAGUCUUCAAGCUUAUUACAGAUUGAGAGUGUGCCAGGAAGCGGUGUGGGAAGCGUAUCGGAUCUUUCUGGAUCGCAUCCCUGACCCAGGGGAAUACCAGGACUGGGUCAGCGUCUGCCAGCAGGAGACUUUCUGCCUCUUGGACAUCGGGAGAAAUUUCAGCAACUCCCAGGAACACCUGGAUCUUCUUCAGCAGAGGAUAAAACAGAGAAACUUCCUUGAGAGAAAAGAUGAAAUAGCCACAAAGGAGACGUUAGGAGAGCCUGGUGAAACCCCUGUGUUUUCAACAGACGUUGCCAGUGUCUCACCCGGGUCCCUGCCGCCCCCUCCUGAUGACACACUCCUCAACGAAAUCCUCCACAACACCCUCCCGGACACCAAGAUGCCUACAAUAGAAGGAGAAGUAGAAUUCACUCAUGCUGCUGAGGAUGUGCUAGAGCAGAAGGUAGAGCUAAGCAUCUCUCUGGCAAAGCAGAAGUUCAAGGAAGAGCUCACCGACUCCCAGUCCCCGUAUUACCAGGAGGUUGCAGCCAAGUCUCAGCUUCAGAUGCAAAAGGUAUUUAAGAAACUUCCAGGAUUCAAAGAAAUCCGUGUGUCAGGAUUUAGACCAAAGAAAGAAAGAGAUGGGUCAAGCUCUACAGAGAUGCAACUUAUAGCCAUCUUUCAGAGAGACAAGGCAGAAGCAAAAAGCCCUGCAGGUGACCUCCUGUCUUUUGAUUCCAACAAAAUUGAAAGUGAAGGAGACCUUCAUGGAACGAUGGAGGAAGACAAGCAAAUGGAAAUCUACCCCACAGCUUUAGACCUCAGAAAGCUGAUCAGCAAAGCCCUGGAGGAAGACCAGUCCUUGGAUAUGGGAUCAAUUCAGUUCACUGAUGGCGAGGAAAGUUCAGUGAAAACUUCAGACUCAUCUCUGAGAGCAUCUGGUACUCUGGAAAUUGUUGGGUCUUUGCCAGGUCUUGAUCCUGACACCCCAUCGGUGCCGUCAACUUUCCUCACUGAUAUCACAAAGGUUGCUACUCUGAGUCCAGAACUUCCUCUUGGUCAACCCAUGCUGGAGACAGUGGACAGAGCAGAACAGAGUCUCCCCGGUGAUUCUUGGUCUCCACCUGCUGUGGCCUCUACCUCCCUAUCAGAAACUCUACCUUUUUUUACUGCAUCGAGCAUCUUUUCUCAGACUGAUCAAAGUGCCACAGACAUAAUUUCCCUUGACCAGACAGUACUAAUCCCACGGCUAACCAUCCCCACUGAUGAUUAUUCUGCCAUCAGCCAAUUGGCUCAGGAAAUUUCACAUUCACCUGCAUCUUCAGAAGACAGCAGGUUAAGUAUUAGCAGUCAAGAUACAGUCGGAGACUUAGACGGAAUGGAUCUCGCCAGCACUCGCGCAUCCUCUGAGGUACUGGGGUUCAGUGGGUAUGUUUCCACCCUGGAUCACUUCUUGGAGAACAUCACUCCUGGCCCAGCUUUGCAGUACAUCACCACCAGCGCCAUGACCGUCGCCACCAGGGGCCGAGAGCUGGUGGUGUUCUUCAGUCUGCGUGUGGCCAACGUGCCCUUCUCCACUGACCUGUUCAACAAGAGCUCGCUGGAGUACCAAGCUCUGGAGCAGCGAUUCACACAGCUGCUGGUUCCAUAUCUACGAUCCAACCUUACAGGUUUUAAGCAACUUGAAAUACUUAACUUCAGAAAUGGGAGUGUGAUCGUGAAUAGCAAAAUGAAGUUUGCUAAAUCAGUGCCAUAUAACCUCAUCAAGGCUGUGCGAGGGGUCUUGGAGGAUUUUCGUUCUGCGGCGGCACAACAGCUUGAUCUGGAAAUAGAUAGCUACUCUCUCGAUGUUGAACCAGCUGAUCAAGCAGACCCCUGCAAAUUCCUGGCCUGUGGGGAAUUCGCCCAGUGUGUGAGGAAUGAGCGGACCGAGGAAGCUGAGUGUCACUGCCGAGCAGGGCACCCUGGGCCCUGUGCCCCCGGAGAGGACUGUCAGGACACCCCGGGCAAGGGGGCGCUGUGCAGGUCACCAGAUCAAUCUAAAAACCAAGUGUAUGAAACUAGUGGUAAAAAGUUCCAAAAUCAGCAAAAUAACAAGGUAACCAGGAAAAGAAAUUCUGAAUUACUGACGGUAGGAUAUGAAGAAUUUAACCAUCAAGAUUGGGAAGGAAAUUAAAAACUGAAAAUGUACAAAUUAUCAUUUAAUCUCUCGCAAGAGAGAUGGCUUGCCUUCUCAAGGAGAAUUAUAGCCACUCUGUCAAAAUUCUGAAAACACAGGCAGGCCUAUCCACUGGUCAUUGAUAUCCAGGCAUGUAGUCAACACUGAGAACCAGGACACAUCACAUUUCAAAUAGAGAAGAGUCAUGUACUUGAAGACCAAUAAAUUCUGGAAAAAAAAAGCGGCCUAUUAUCAAAA